CAGAAGCCCGAUAGGGAAGGCUGAGAACCGCUCCCUCACAGACACCGCCUUUGAAGCGCGGGCUCCACCUUUCCCGUUAUUCUCUGCUGGGUCAUCGCCUUCGGUAGGUGUUCCCGUUCGGUGACAGCCGCCAGCACCGUGGAUAUUGCUCGGCUGAUUGAUUCAUGUGUGGCUAGAAGAGCGAUGCUCCCUCUGCUGUUCCUCUGACAGUCCUCCCGAUGCUGCCGGUAAGGAAUGAGUGCAGGAAUAAUGUUGAUGCUACCAGUUUGAAUCCAGGAUAUUGGCUGCACUGAACCAAGGAGAAGUUAAAGGAUCAUGCGGAACCCCAGCAUGGUUAUCUUGGUGUGCAUAAUAAGCCAUCUUCUACUUCUUGCCGGACUCAAGGCUGACAGUGUCCCUGAGUUUAUCAAAAGGCCAACAGAUGAAAUUGGUGUUUCUGGUGGUGUGGCUUCCUUUGUGUGCCAAGCUGCCGGUGAUCCCAAACCCAGAGUUACAUGGAACAAGCGAGGCAAGAAAGUAAACUCCCAACGAUUUGAGACAAUAGAGUUUGAUGAGGGAGCUGGAGCAGUUCUACGAAUUCAGCCUCUUCGGACGCCCCGGGAUGAAAAUGUGUAUGAAUGUGUUGCUCAGAACAUUCAUGGUGAAGCUACAGUCAGUGCCAAACUCACUGUCUUGAGAGAGGACCAACUCCCCCCUGGCUUUCCAAAUAUUGAUAUGGGUCCACAGCUCAAGGUUGUAGAACGUACAAGAACAGCUACCAUGUUGUGUGCGGCCAGUGGAAAUCCAGAUCCGGAAAUAACCUGGUUCAAAGACUUUCUCCCAGUAGAUCCUGCAGCUAGUAAAGGAAGAAUCAAACAAUUAAGAUCGGAAACUUUUGAAAAUACUCCAAUUCGAGGUGCCUUACAAAUAGAAAAUAGUGAGGAGACUGAUCAGGGGAAAUAUGAAUGUGUGGCAACAAACAGUGCUGGAGUUCGAUAUUCUUCACCUGCUAAUCUUUAUGUGAGAGUUCGUCGUGUUGCCCCACGUUUCUCCAUUCUUCCUGUGAGCCAUGAAAUUAUGCCUGGAGGUAAUGUAAAUAUAACUUGUGUUGCGGUUGGUUCACCCAUGCCAUAUGUGAAGUGGAUGAUGGGUGCUGAAGACCUAACCCCAGAAGAUGACAUGCCUGUUGGGCGUAAUGUUCUGGAACUUACCAAUGUGAAGGAGUCUGCUAAUUAUACCUGUGUUGCCAUGUCAAGUCUUGGGGUUAUUGAGUCUGUAGCUCAAAUCACAGUGAAAUCCCUUCCUAAGGCACCUGGGGCUCCUGUAGUAACGGAAACCACUGCUACAAGUAUAACAGUCACAUGGGACUCAGGAAAUCCUGAUCCUGUAUCUUACUAUGUGAUAGAGUACAAAUCUAAAACACAGGAUGGACCAUAUCAAAUUAAAGAGGACAUCACUACUACGAGAUACAGCAUUGGAGGCUUAAGUCCUAACUCUGAAUAUGAGAUUUGGGUAUCAGCUGUAAACUCUAUCGGCCAAGGACCACCUAGUGAACCUGUUGUAACACGUACAGGGGAACAGGCACCUGCUAGUGCCCCACGAAAUGUACAAGCUAGAAUGCUUACCUCCACUACUAUGAUAAUUCAGUGGGAGGAACCUGUGGAACCCAAUGGUCAAAUAAGAGGUUAUCGUGUUUACUACACUAUGGAGCCUGUCCAGCCAGUCAGCAACUGGCUAAAAUAUAAUGUGGAUGAUAAUCUUUUGACUACUAUAGGAAACCUUUUAGAACAUGAAACCUAUACCGUCAGAGUAUUGGCUUUUACUUCAGUGGGAGAUGGGCCACUAUCUGAUCCAAUUCAAGUAAAAACACAGCAAGGAGUCCCUGGCCAGCCUAUGAAUUUUAGAGCUGAAGCUAAGUCAGAAACCAGCAUUAGCCUGACAUGGAGCCCCCCUCGUCAGGACAGCAUUGUGAAGUAUGAGGUUUGUUACAAAGAAGGAGAGCGAGGAAGUGAGAUCAGAAAGACAUUUGAUCCUGCAACAUCUUAUUUAGUAGAAGGCCUAAAACCCAACACAGAGUAUAUAUUUCGCCUUGCUGCACGUUCUAACCAAGGUCAAGGUGCUUGGACAUCGGAUGUUAAAGAGCGCACAAUGCAGUCUAAACCGUCUGCCCCCCCUCAAGAUGUAAAGUGUGUCAGCUCAAAGUCUACCACAAUACUGGUAAGUUGGCAGCCACCCCCUGCAGAGAGUCACAAUGGCAUUCUUGCUGGAUACAGCGUCCGUUAUGGUGCUUUGGACUUCGAGGACCCAGUACCUAAAGAAGUGAAGGACAUUCCACCUCAAACAACUCAGAUUCUUUUAGAAGCUCUAGAAAAGUGGACUGAGUAUCGUAUCACCGUUGUGGCACAUACUGCUGUGGGACCUGGCCCUGAAAGCUCGCCCAUUGUUGUACGCACUGAUGAAGAUGUGCCUAGUGCUCCACCAAGAAAAGUUGAGGUGGAGGUACUCAACUCGACUGCCAUUAAAGUGUUUUGGCGUUCUCCUGUUCAAAAUCGCCAACACGGACAAAUUCGAGGCUACCAAAUACACUAUGUUAAAAUGGAAAAUGGAGAGGCAAAAUGGCUUCCCCACAUAAGAGAUGUUAUGCUGGCUGAUGCUCAGUGGGAGAAGGACGAUACAGCUGAAUAUGAAAUGAUCAUAGAUGGACUUCAAUCAGAAACCACUUAUUCUAUCACUGUUGCUGCUUACACAAUGAAAGGGGAUGGAGCACGUUGUAAACCAAAGGUUGUAACAACACAGAGUGCAGUUUCAGGAAAACCUGACCUUUCUGUCAGUCAAAUAUCGGAAAGCAGCUUGCUACUACAAUGGGAACCACCAAGUGAGUCAGUUGGACAAGUCCUAGGUUACCGCCUACAGUUUGGGCGUAUUGAUGCUAAAGUUCUUUCAGACCUAGAGUUUGGAGCUGAAGAAAAGAAAUAUACAGCCAACAAUAUCCAUAAGGGUGCAAAGUACAUCUUUAAAAUGGCAGUCAAAAGCCGGGCGGGCUUUAGUGAGGAAGCAGUACAAGAGCAUAUGAUACCAGAGGAGGCAUCUAAAGUUUAUCCUCAAUUAACUGAUCCUAGCAAUAUCACCUCUGUGUCUAUCCAGCUAAACUGGCUGCCUCCUGUUCUUGCUGAACAGCAUGGUGUUAUCACCAAGUAUACAUUAUCCUAUUGGGUAGUCGACUCUCCAGACAAAAUGCUGGAAAUGGACCUACCAUCUUCUGAAAAUAAUUGCUUGCUGAGCAACCUGAAGCCUAACACUGUUUAUGAAGUCAAAAUACGUGCAUACACCAGUAAAGGUCCUGGGCCUUACAGUCCAAGUGUCCAGUACCGCACUUUUCUUCUAAAUCAAGUAUUACCCAAAAAUUUUAAGGUCAAAAUGGUCACGAAGACUUCAGUUCUCUUGAGCUGGGAAUUUCCUGAAAAUUACAACUCAGUAAUGCCUUACAAGAUUCAAUAUAACAUGCAAACAGUGGAUGUUGAUGGUCGAACAACAAAGAAAUUGAUCACCAACCUGAAACCGAAGACCUAUUACAAUUUUAUUCUUACUAGUCGUGGGAAUACUAUGAGUGGUCUUCAACAAACUGUUGCUGUUCGCACUGCACCUAAUAUGUUGGGUAUGAAACCUUUGAUAAGUUGGAAGACAGAUUCUGAUGGUCGCAUAACAAUAACUUUGCCAAGUGUGGGGACUACAGAGUCAGUCAGGGGUUACUAUAUUGUAGUAGUGCCUUUGAAAAAAUCACAUGGACAGUUUCUUAAUCCAUGGGGGAGUCCUGAAGAGAUGGAUUUAGAAGAGCUAGUUCACAGCAUUACAAAGCUGCAUCGUCGGAGCUUGCGUCAUCUAAGGCAUGUGGAGCUCCCCAAGCCAUACGUUGCAGCUCGUUUCCAGUCUCUACCUCCUGAGUUUAUACUUGGAGAUCAGAAAAUUCAUGAUGGAUUUGAAAACAAAGCACUUGAAUUUGGGCAAAGAUAUGUUUUCUUUAUCUUGGCCAUGCUGGAAGGUGCAGAAGCAAAAAUGUUUGCUGCAAGCCCAUAUUCUGAACCCAUUUACAUAGAAGAUCCAGAUCCCCAGCCUAUCAUUGAUGGUGAAGAAGGCCUAAUAUGGGUUAUUGGACCAGUUUUGGCAGUUGUUUUUAUAAUCUGUAUAGUCAUUGCUAUUCUUCUCUACAAAAACAAACCAGACAGCAAAAGGAAAAACUCAGAACCCAGGACCAAAUGUCUAUUAAACAAUGCAGAGAUACCUCCUCACCACCCUACUGAUCCAGUGGAACUGAGACGCAUAAACUUUCAAACUCCAGAUUCUGGUCUCAGCAGUCCCCUCAGUGACCAUGAAUUUGAAAGUAUGCUUAAUCAUCCACCAAUACCUAUUGCAGAUCUUUCUGAACACACAGAACACCUUAAGGCCAAUGAUAACCUAAAACUAUCUCAGGAAUAUGAGUCCAUUGAUCCUGGCCAGCAGUUCACUUGGGAGCACUCGAAUCUUGAAGUCAACAAACCCAAAAACCGCUAUGCCAAUGUGAUUGCCUAUGAUCACUCUCGUGUCAUCCUGAUGCCCGUUGAAGGAAUUCUUGGCAGUGACUACAUAAAUGCCAACUAUAUUGAUGGUUACCGGAAACAGAAUGCAUACAUAGCAACCCAGGGACCCUUGCCUGACACUUUUGGAGACUUUUGGCGCAUGGUUUGGGAACAGCGCUCUGCUACCAUAGUUAUGAUGACAAGACUAGAGGAGAAGUCUCGGAUCAAAUGUGACCAGUAUUGGCCAAGUAGAGGUGCAGAUACAUAUGGAAUGAUUCAAGUGACACUACUAGAUACAAUUGAACUGGCGACUUUCUGUGUGAGAACCUUUUCCCUACAUAAGAAUGGUUCCAGUGAGAAGAGAGAAGUUCGACAAUUCCAGUUUACAGCCUGGCCAGAUCAUGGAGUUCCUGAGUACCCAACUCCAUUCCUGGCAUUCCUUAGAAGAGUAAAAACUUGCAACCCUCCUGAUGCAGGGCCUAUUGUUGUACACUGCAGUGCUGGAGUUGGGCGAACUGGCUGUUUUAUUGUUAUUGAUGCAAUGCUAGAGAGAAUAAAGCAUGAGAAAACUGUCGAUAUAUAUGGUCACGUGACCUUAAUGCGCUCACAGAGGAACUAUAUGGUCCAGACAGAGGACCAGUACAGCUUUAUUCAUGAUGCCUUGUUUGAAGCUGUAGCAUGCGGAAACACAGAAGUUCCAGCUAGAAAUCUAUAUACAUAUAUCCAGAAGCUAGCCCAGAUUGAAAUAGGAGAACAUGUAACAGGCAUGGAGUUGGAGUUCAAGCGCCUUGCCAAUUCGAAAGCUCACACUUCCAGAUUCAUCAGUGCCAAUCUUCCAUGCAACAAAUUUAAGAACCGCCUUGUGAACAUCAUGCCAUAUGAAACCACAAGGGUUUGCCUGCAACCAAUCAGAGGAGUAGAAGGGUCAGAUUACAUAAAUGCCAGUUUCAUUGAUGGAUACAGGCAGCAGAAAGCUUAUAUUGCAACACAAGGACCACUUGCAGAGACCACUGAAGAUUUCUGGAGGAUGCUAUGGGAAAAUAACUCCACGAUUGUUGUAAUGUUAACAAAACUUAGAGAAAUGGGCAGAGAAAAAUGUCAUCAAUAUUGGCCUGCGGAGCGUUCAGCUCGGUAUCAAUAUUUUGUAGUUGAUCCAAUGGCUGAAUAUAACAUGCCUCAAUACAUCUUGAGAGAAUUUAAAGUUACAGAUGCAAGGGAUGGCCAGUCUCGUACAGUACGUCAGUUCCAGUUCACUGAUUGGCCAGAACAAGGUGUGCCAAAAUCAGGUGAAGGUUUCAUCGAUUUCAUAGGCCAAGUACACAAAACGAAGGAGCAGUUUGGACAAGAUGGACCUAUAUCUGUUCACUGCAGUGCUGGAGUUGGCAGAACAGGGGUAUUUAUUACCCUCAGUAUAGUCCUAGAAAGAAUGCGUUAUGAGGGUGUGGUAGAUGUUUUUCAAACUGUAAAGAUGCUGCGAACUCAGAGACCUGCAAUGGUGCAGACAGAGGAUGAAUACCAGUUUUGUUACCAGGCUAGUUUGGAGUAUCUGGGCAGCUUUGAUCACUAUGCAACAUAAGAAGCCAUCAUAAAUGAAUGUGGACAACCACAGACAUCAUUGCAGAUUCUGCUGACCCUCUUAAAAGGCCUGAACUCAUGAACUGAAAGACUCUAGCAUCAGGGGUAGGGGAGGUUUAACACAUUUUUACAGAUGUCACAUUAAGAACUCUGUCGUGUAGAGACUUUCUGAGACUUGGGUGACUUCUAUUUUAAAAUGUUUUUAAUAUGAUACUUCAAUCACUGUUCUUGAAUAUACAUGCAUCUUGUACCAAAAGUGGUAAUCCCAGCUUGUGUAACAAUGUAUGUUCUUUCAUAAGGGGACAGCAGGAACUGAUGCUUCUUUGAGGCUCAUUUUAUUUUCAGACUCUUAAAUAACAGCAAUGUUUGUGAUCUGGUAAAUUUAGAGUUAUUUAUAUGUGUUGUAACCUUAUUAAGAGCCCUUGAAAAAAAUAAAAAUAAAUGGUCAAAAAUAAUAUGAAGAAAGCUGCUGGUGAAAACUACAGCUGGAUAAAUUGGAACUCACCCACUGAGCCACCAAUACCUGCCUUUGCCUUGCAACAUUCCUGUAAAUUAUGUUAAGACCUACUACUAACAAUUUGCACAUAUCUUAAUUUAAGCCCUUAAGAAGGUUUUUGCCUAUCUUAUCUCUCCCACAAGAUCUGACAUUAAAACGUGUUUAAUUUUCUUAAAGUUCAUUGGUUGAUUGUAAGUUAGAGAGGAGAUAGGGUAGGAGUCUGCUGCACACUAAUUUCCAGCAAUUAAAUGACUGUGGCCAAUUAUGUGUUUUUACUUAUUUAUUUUUUAUUCUUAUUUUUUAAUGUCCACAAUGCAGCGUGUCCAAAAUCCAAAGUGCAGCUUGUAUAUUUCAAAGUGUAUAUUUCAAUAGCUUGCUUUUAAGUAUUGUACCUGUAUCCAUUCAAGUGACAUUAAAAUUAGACCCCUUUUUAUAUUGUAUUGCCUUUUUGUAAAGAGAAAAAUAUCAAUGUAAUGAAGAGACAUUCUACAGUUCAUAUUCUGUUCAAAGACUGUCUAUUUUUUCACUGUAGAGAUGUUAUAGGGGAGGCUACUAAACACAGUGAGCUACUCUUCUUCGGUCUGCUUUUUCUACUCCCAAUUGCAUCAGAUUGUUCACAGAAAUUAGACCAUUUAAUACAUGAUUCCACCCGACUAUUGAACUUGGGCUCAUAAUUAAUGUACCAAAAAUAUUUAUUUACUUAAAAAAAAAAACACACACAAACGCAAACCAAUGAGCAUAGAAUAGGGAUAACAACUCCUCUCACAAGCCCCUUCACAAUAGUCUGUGCUUGUCAUUUUCCAUGGAUCUCGGAGUACAUAUGUGGCUCAUAGAAAUUCUCAAAUGUCCUUCUUUAGGAGAGAAUAGUUGCAGGAAUAAAAAAAAAAAAUAAAUAAAUAAAUAAAAAAUAGUUGUAUUGGGUAAAACUCUGAACAAUUUAUAAUUUGCAGCCAUUCAAUUAUAUAUAAGUUGACCAUGUAAAAAUGACUUUCGACCAACAAUAAGAUUACAAAGGAAUGUGUGUAAUGCAGAAAUGUGCAUAUUUUGUAAGACUUUUCUAUGUGGAACAAUCUGAUUUUCCCAUUUAACAAGAAUACAAUGCUGUAGUUCUAAGGAACCAUUAGAUAUUGAGAAAGAACACUCAGAAUGUACAGUGGUGGUACUAUGUGCUGAAAUAUACAGAAGAUUAUUGAGGAAGAGACAUCGAGUCGCUGCAUUCAGUAACACAAACUACUUUGAGAAGCAAAAUUUCAACCCUCUGUUCAUCUUAAUUGUAAAGUGCAACUGUCAACUCUUUAUAACUGUAAUUGAAACAGCAAUGAAAUGUGAUUUACUCACCAUAAUGUAUGUAGAAAUAUUAAGUUUGUAUUAAAGAAGUCAAAAUGA